UGGAUCAAGGAGGCUGCGCUGCAAGUUGUACAACACAGAAUUCACAGGGACACAGAAAUGGGCGAUGGAGCACUUUUGUUUGAAGAGGGCCUCCGCCCGGUGUCCAAAUGCAACGAUGGCGAUUUGGAGGAGGUUGCACAGGGUUGGUUUUGAGAUGCCACCAGAUCUUAUGGAGAGGGUGCAGCGUGCAAUAGAGGAGUCUGCCAGCGAUGACGAUGAUGGUCCUGUGCUGGAGGACGACGCGGUGGGGCGAGGGGGAGGGGUUGCGAUGGAUGGGGAGGCAGGGGAGGCGGUUCAUGGGGAGGCUGGCAGCGGGGUGGAUGAGGUGACAAGAGGGGUUGUGGCCGACGGAGAGACUCCGGUCCGGAGACCUGCAUUGUCACGGACUGAGGAGCAGGCUGCCCGCAGACGGGGGGCGGCUAGACAGACGAGCAUCGUCAGGACAGAUAUGCUGCUCAGCCCGAUCCACACCGUGGCCCGGUUGCUGGAUCCAGUGUUGAGGGACAUUGCUGUUUUCAACAAUGUCGAGCUCAUGACGCAGUUUGAGGCUGUUGUGGAGCGCCUCAUCGGCAAGAGAGGGAGCAAGAUGUUUGACGACUGCUUGGACCAACUGUAUGAGUUCCAGAUGGCGAGAGGAGUGUUCGGCACCACACGGGCGGUGCAGAGGGCGAAGAAGGACAAUGAGGUGCUGUGGUGGGAGGCGCACGGGGCUGGCCAUCCAGAGAUCAAGGCUCUGGCGGUGAAGGUGCUCUCCAUUUGGACGACAUCCUCUCCAGCAGAGAGGAAUUGGAGCACUUGGUCUCUUGUGCAGACGAAGUCCAGGAACAAGCUAUACCACCAGCGCACCAAGAAGUUGGUGUACUCGCACUGGAGCCUCAGGGUCAAGAGCAGGGGCGAUGACGGGCCAACGGUGGUAGGAGGAUGGUUGGGGCUAGCAGCAGACUGGGCUGACGAUGAUUUGGAAGGUGAUCAGGCAGGUUUGACUGAUGCUGUUGACGACGGUGAGCUCGGUCAUGAGGCUGCUCCAUCCGGUGCAGGUAGCACCACCAUUCGCCAUGAUCCUGUUGCGGCCGGGACAUCAACAGGCGUGCCGAGGCGAGGAGAGGUGGAGGAGGGUAUGGAGUGGGGUGACAUGGAGGAGGAGGAGGACGAUGACGAUGUGGACAACGAGGACGAGAUUCCACAUGACGAGUGGGUGGACGAUCGGUCAGACUCUGAUUGAUCGUGGACGAGGAGGGAGGAAAUCACACCACAUGUUCCAGGCACACGACAUGGAUUGAGGUCCCAGAAUCAGCGGCAACAGGUGCAGCAACAUGAG